AGACCCGCCCACACGGUGUACAUCAGCAUCAAGCUAAAGGUCACUCUCAUUCGGGAACUUACCCAGCUCUGCACCACGCCACGCCACCUAAGGAGAGAUUUGUUGCAAAUCCACAGCCAGAAUGUCUCUGUCAAACAAACUCACGUUGGACAAGGUGGAUGUGAAAGGAAAGCGCGUCAUCAUGAGGGUUGACUUCAACGUCCCUAUGAAGGACAAGACGAUAACAAAUAACCAGAGAAUCAAGGCUGCAGUCCCAUCAAUUCAGUAUUGUUUAGAUAAAGGGGCCAAAGCUGUAGUCCUGAUGAGCCACUUGGGCCGGCCUGAUGGAGUCCCGAUGCCAGACAAGUACUCUCUGGAGCCUGUGGCUGCAGAACUCAAGAACCUGCUGGGAAAGGACAUUCAGUUCCUGAAGGACUGUGUGGGUCCAGAUGUGGAGAAAGCCUGUGCAGACCCACCUGCAGGUUCUGUUAUUCUGCUGGAGAACCUGCGGUUCCAUGUGGCCGAGGAGGGCAAAGGCAAAGACGCAUCGGGUAACAAGACCAAAGCAAGUCAGGAGGAAAUUGAUUCUUUCCGUGCCUCCCUGUCCAAGCUGGGUGAUGUCUACGUCAACGAUGCCUUUGGAACGGCUCACAGAGCUCAUAGCUCCAUGGUUGGAGUGAAUCUCCCUCAGAAGGCAGCUGGUUUUCUGAUGAAGAAGGAGUUGGACUACUUUGCCAUGGCCCUUGAGAAACCACAGAGGCCUUUCUUGGCCAUUCUCGGAGGGGCCAAGGUCAAAGAUAAGAUUCAGCUGAUCAAUAACAUGUUGGACAAGGUGAAUGAGAUGAUCAUUGGUGGAGGAAUGGCCUUUACCUUCCUCAAGGUUCUCAAGAACAUGGAGAUUGGGACUUCCCUGUUUGAUGAAGAGGGUGCCAAAAUUGUGAAAGACCUCAUGGCUAAGGCCGAGAAGAACGGUGUGAAGAUCACACUUCCUGUUGACUUCGUCACUGCAGACAAGUUUGACGAGAAGGCGGCGACAGGGUCUUCAUCAGUAGCCGAUGGUAUUCCAGCUGGCUGGAUGGGUCUAGACUGUGGUUCUGAGAGCUCAAAGCUCUAUGCGGAGGCUGUAGCCAGAGCCAAGCAGAUUGUGUGGAAUGGACCUGUUGGUGUGUUUGAGUGGGACAACUUCUCUCAUGGAACCAAGAACUUGAUGGACAAAGUAGUGGAAGCAACCAAAAAUGGCUGCAUCACCAUUAUUGGUGGGGGGGACACGGCAACCUGCUGUGCCAAGUGGGACACAGAAGACAAGGUCAGUCAUGUGAGCACAGGAGGCGGAGCUAGUCUGGAGCUGCUGGAGGGUAAAGUGUUGCCUGGUGUUGAUGCCCUCAGCAACGCAUAAUUGCUGUGAGCCUCUCCUGCCAGAGGUUGUGUGCUCAUCUCCCAAGAAGCUGUCAUCCUUACUCUCUCCGCAUUUGUUCAGCGUUCCAUCACCUGUCAGGAUGCAAAUGACAACUACUCCACUCUCAAUGGACAGCUAACAGUAUUCUGUGUUAGACUCUCUGACCUGUUGACUCAUGCAUAUUCACAUCAUCCAUUUGCUUUGCUUCCAUCAAAUAACUUAAAACGUUUCUCAUUCAAAAUGUUUUCAUCUGUUAUGAGUGAAAGGUUGACAUCAGCAGUAAUGCCUGUUAUGAUUGUUAUAUUUAAGAGAUGGGUUAUUUGUUUUACCUGCUUAAGUGUUAAUGAGUACCAUUGUAGUCUGAAUGUGUGCAUAGUAUAAUUGUUGUGUGUUGUGAUUCUAGAGUUUAUAUUUGAUAUUUGUGGGCUCCCCACAGAUGUUGAGUACCUGUAAUACUGUAGACACUUUCCUCCCCAUAUUGCACUUAUCAUCCUAGACCUGCAGCUUAUGAGAUCGAUGUUCCGCACUGGAAUUAUGAUGUGCUAAUGUUAAACCCAGGCAACCUGUCGUGGAGUAAGAAUGAAAAUAACAAUAACAAAAAAUGAAAAAUUAAAAUUAAAACAUUU